UGCGGACCGCCAUUACAUCAUAGAAGAACAAGAAUAAUAAUCUUUGUUUUAACAUUUAUUCAGUGCUAUACCAUGGCGUCGGUUGAGGCUUGGUUCAUGGACGAUUCUGACGAAGAUCAUAGGAUGCCACAUAAACUAAACCCAAACGAACCUGUGUCUUUGAAGGAGUUAGAAAAUAUUGGGGUUUUCUCUUGGAAGUUAGAUGCUGAUAUUUAUGAAACAGACCCUGCGCUGGAAAAGAUCCGUAAAGACAGAGGCUACUCCUACUCCGACAUCAUCACUAUCGACAAGGACAAACUACCUAACUACGAAGACAAGCUGAAGAUGUUUUUUGAGGAGCACCUCCACCUGGAUGAUGAGAUCCGCUACAUCCUAGAUGGCAGGGCCUACUUUGACGUGAGGGACAGAGAGGACCGCUGGAUCCGCAUCGCCAUGACCAAGGGAGACCUGAUCACUCUGCCUGCAGGCAUCUACCACAGAUUCACUCUGACUGAGACCAACUACACUCAAGCCAUGAGACUGUUCGUGGGGGAGCCUGUAUGGAAAGCCUACAAUCGUCCAGCAGAUGAGUUUGAUAUUCGCCAGAAGUAUGUGAGCGCUCUCCAAUGUGCUUAAGACGAGCAACAGGUGGUACUGAAUGGAUGCAGUGUCCAUAGAAUUACACAAUUUCUAUGGCCAACCAAUCUUCUAGGAACCAAUUUAGUGGAGUUGGAUAAUCAAAGACUCAUGACAAAGGCUUUUGUAUUAUCAGGUAUUUAAACCCAUGCAGUGCCUGCAAUUAUACUAAUUAACACACCACUUUAUGAUUUUGUCCUUAUAUUGUAUUGCGCCACUCAAGGUCGCAUUCUAUUUUUGUAACACUACAUCAGUCUAGUAAGCUGUUUGUUACCUACACUGAGCUAAAAUGCCAGUAAGCUAUCACAUUAAAUCACUCUUCAAUCA